CAGUCGAUAGUCAAUCGGUGUGUACGUGUGAUGUGUAGUGUAAAAUGAAAAUGAUGGCUGAAAACGAGAUGGGUUACAAUGAGUAUUAUAACUACGAGAGUUGGCCAGUGGUACCUCCGGAAUACACGGAGCCUUGUCAGUACCGCCAGCCCCCGAUUGAGGAAGACUACAGAUACAAUACAUAUGCGUUGUUGGAUAGUAUGAAAAUGCCUGGACAGCGGCCGGGAUUCCAAAUAUCGGACAUCCUUGGUUUAAACGAGGCUAAGGGCUUGGAUACGACUUCGCACAACAUCAGUGGCUGUUCUCUGGACAUACCUCCUUAUCCGCCCCAGCAUCCGUAUUCACAUGAACUACUGAGGCAUCACCAGCCCUGGCUCACAUUAGAUCACCAUGAUAGUGCAGGUAUUAUCGGUCAACAAGCCAGUCCGGACAGUACAUCCAGAGCAUCAGAAAUAUCAUAUGUUGGCCCCUCAGCCACUUCGCCCUCAACUGGCCCACGUCAUGACCACGACCACGAUCACGACAAUGACCACGACAUCAUAGAUCACGAUGACGAUAACGACGACCACCCUCCCAGCAACAACGACCCUAGUCUAGUACAUAAGAAACGCAAACGGCGUGUGCUAUUCUCCAAAGCACAGACCUACGAAUUAGAGAGAAGAUUUAGGCAACAGAGAUACUUAUCAGCACCAGAAAGGGAACACCUCGCUAGUUUGAUAAGAUUAACGCCGACGCAGGUGAAAAUAUGGUUUCAAAAUCAUAGAUACAAAACGAAACGCGCCGUUCAAGAGAAAGGCGCUCACGAUUUGAAUGUUGGUGGUCUGAAUUCUCCGCGACGCGUCGCUGUCCCCGUUCUGGUCAAAGACGGAAGGCCUUGCUUAAGCAAGCCAGAUGGCUUGCCACCUUUAGGCAUGUCCCUGCCCCCAUACCAACCAAUGCACCAUCAGCCUCCAACGGGGCACUCGCACCAACCCACUGGUUGUUGGUGGUGAAGUUCGAAUACUAUUCUGUGGUAACUAGUCGUUAUAUUGAUUUUGCAAUCGUAAUGCAGGUGAAUAAUAUAACUUAUCAAACUGACUCACGCAUUUGGAUCAUGAUAUGAUAAGAAAAAGUUUACAGAGAAAUAAACGGCGUUAAAUUCAAUAUUGCAAUUGUGUGAUCGCAUUGAAUCAUAGCUCGAAUGGAGAUAAUGUAUUUUUGUUAGCAUUGGUAUUGUGGAGUUCCUAUUAUUUUAACUUAAAUUAUCAUAGUUUGAAAUAUUCUAGAGAUAUGAAUGUAAAUGCGUAAUAUGAUUGUUUAUUUGUACCGUAAUGCUAAACUUAUUUAAAGUGUUUUUAGGUUUUUUCUGACAGUACUUGACAUACAUUCCACUUGAUUUGUACCAUAGUAUAUAAGAAAUAAACAGAUGUUAUAAGAUUGCAAUAUUUAGAAAGUAAGAAACAGUAUUAAAAUAGUCGAAAUAUGUUUAGAGUAUUUAUGUAUAUUCCAAAGAAAACUAUUUAUGAAUGUGUGUAGACAUGUAGUAUAUUGUAUAUUAUGUACAUACUAUGAACUGUUUAAUAAUUUUUUUAAGAUGAAUUCCUACAAUUCAUUGAUUGAUGUAUAGCCAGAAUAGCCGUAGUCUUUGUAAAAAGUGUUAUAUAUAAAUUAUUCAC